AGAAUUUGUUGACUUUAUUAGCAAUCGAUCGGAGCACCACCAAGUAGGAGAAAUACCUAAAGCUGUUCACUUUCUACCGCAAAAUCCGUCCUCAUGAAAUUCAGAUAGAACCAGAACAUCACUCAGACGCGGACUUAAGGUAAAAAUAAUAAACUUCUCUCAAUGUGAAAAGGAGCUAAAUUCAAGUAGAUACAGGAUAUUGGUACAUCAGUGGUAAUAUAUUCCAUGGGCAUCCAAAAAUCCUCUUCGCAUAUGUGUUCUUCAUUCUAUGAGUGGAAAUAUGAUGUCUUUCUAAGCUUUAGAGGUGAAGACACUCGUAACAACUUCACUGAUCAUCUAUAUGCUACUUUCAGAAAAAAUGGAAUUAAUGUAUUUAAGGAUGACAAAGAACUUGAGAAGGGAAAAUUCAUUUCUCCGGAGCUAUCUAAAGCAAUCGAAGAAUCAAGAUCAUCAAUUAUUAUUUUCUCAAGAAAUUAUGCUUCUUCGACCUGGUGCUUGGAUGAACUUUUAAAAAUUGUUCAAUGCAUGAAAACAAUGAAACGAAUGGUUUUUCCGGUUUUCUAUGAUGUUGAUCCAUCUGAUGUGAGGAAACAGAAAGGAAAAUUUCAAGAAGCCUUUUCAAAGCAUGAGGAAGCAUUCAAGGAGAACACAGAAAAGGUGAAAAAGUGGAGGACUGCUUUAACAGAGGUGGCCAAUCUCUCUGGAUGGGAUUUAAAGGAUAGGCCUGAAUCAGAAUUUAUUCAAGAUAUUAUCAGGGAGAUAUCAAAAAGAUUAGGUCAUAAUAACUUAAGCACUCUUGAAGGUCUAGUCGGAAUAGAUUCACGUAUGGAGAAAUUGAGAAUGAUGCUUAUGAGUACAAAAACUGAUGAUGUUCGCAUGAUAGGAAUCUAUGGAAUGGGAGGUAUAGGAAAGACUACAAUUGCAAGAGCUGUUUAUGAUUUGAUAUCUCAUGAAUUUGAAGGUCGAAGUUUUCUUGCCAAUGUUAGAGAGAUUUCUCAAAAAAGUGGUAUAUAUAAUUUGCAAAUGCAACUUCUUUCUCAAAUUUUGAAAGAAUCAUAUAUUAACAUAUGGGAUGUUUAUGAAGGAAUUAGAACGAUAAGAAGUAGACUACAGCAUAGAAGGGUUCUCAUUGUCAUAGAUGAUGUUGAUGAUAUAAAGCAACUGAAUGAACUAGCCGGCAAACAUGAUUGGUUUGGCUCCGGUAGUAGGAUCAUAAUAACAACAAGAGAUAAGCAUUUGUUGAUGGCACAUGGUGUGGACAUUGUGUACGAGUCAGAGGAACUAAAUAAUGAUGAAGCUCUUCUACUCUUUAGUUUGAAAGCCUUCAAAAACUACUAUCCUCCAAAUGAACAUGUGGAGCUGUCUAAGCAUUUUGUAAAGUAUGCUUGCGGUCUUCCACUAGCUCUUGAAGUUUUGGGUUCUUUUCUAUUUGGCAGAAGUAUAGAUCAAUGGAACAGUGCUUUAGAAAGACUGGGCAAAGACUAUGAAAACAGGAUUCUUGAUAGUCUUCAAAUGAGUUUUGAUGGACUAAAAGAAACUGAGAAGAAAAUAUUUUUAGAUGUUGCAUGUUUCUUUAAAGGGAAAAAUAAAGAUUAUGUAACACGAAUUUUAGACAGUUGUGGUUUCAGUUCAACCAUUGGAAUAGCUGUUCUUGUUGAUAAGUCUCUCGUAACUAUUUUAAAAAACGAUGUACUGUGGAUGCAUGACUUAUUACAAGAAAUGGGUCAACGGAUUGUUAUGAGAGAAUCGCCUGAAAACCCUGGAGAAUGUAGUAGGUUAUGGAAAGAAGCAGAUGUCCAUGAUGUGUUGACAAGAAACAAAGGUACAGAAUUGAUUGAAGGCAUGAUGCUUGAAAAAGUGGUGGGGUACUUUUCCUUAAGUGGGAAAGUCUUUUCAAAAAUGACCAAGCUAAGAUUGCUAAAAAUCUGUAACGUGCAUCUUCCUGAAGGCCUUGAAUACCUUUCUAACAACCUAAGCUUACUUGAAUGGCAUGGAUACCCUUUGAAACAUUUGCCAUCAAGUUUGCAAUUGGACAAAAUUGUUGAGCUUAAACUGCAGUAUAGUCACAUUGUGCGACUAUGGAAAGAAACCAAACCCCUAACCAAGUUGAAAGUCAUUGAUCUCAGUCACUCCAAGAACUUGAUCAGAACAAUUGACUUCUCAGAGGUCCCAAAUCUUGAGGAGUUGAUUCUUGAAGGAUGUACAAGUUUGUGUGAGAUUCACCAAUCUUUGCUAGUACACCGAAAGCUUAUUUUGUUGAAUCUCAAAGAUUGUACAAGUCUUACUGCUCUUCCAAGAGAGGUGGACAUGGAAUCUUUGAAAACACUUGUACUUACUGGUUGCAACAAACUGAAGAAAUUUCCAAAAUUUGUGCGAAGUAUGGAAUGUCUAGAAGAGCUUUUCUUAGACAAAACUCCAAUUAAAGAACUACCGUUCCAAGUUGAACUUCUAAAAGGAAUUGUUUUGUUGAGUAUGAAGGACUGUAAGAAUCUUUUGAGUCUUCCAACUGAUAUAAGCAGUUUGGAAUCUCUCAAAACUCUAAAUCUUUAUGGUUGCUCAAAACUUAAAAAUAUGCCAGAAAAUUUAGGGCAAGUAGAAUUACUAGAGAUUCUUGAUGUAAGUGGAACAGCUAUAAGGCAACCAGAGUCUUCCAUUUUUUUCUUGAAGAAUCUGAAGGAACUAUCUUUUCGUGGCUGCAAAGGACCAUCAUUAAACUCAUGUUAUUUGCCCUUUUCAUUCCGUUUGAUGCCGGGGAGAAGCUCAAAUCCAAUGGCUUUGAAGUUGCCUCCUUUAUCAGGUUUAUCUUCUUUGAGAAAAUUAGAUCUCAGUGACUGUAAUCUAGAAGCAAUUCCUGGUGAAAUUGAUAGCUUAGUUUCAUUGGAGGAGCUACAUCUUGGAAAUAACAAUUUUGUUUCACUACCAGCAAGCAUCUUUCAUCUUUCUAAGCUUGAAGAACUUACUUUGGAGAAUUGCAAGAGGCUUCAAUCAUUGCCAGAACUUCCACCCAAGUUACUUGUUAUUUCAAUUGCUGAUUGUACUUCACUUGAAAAGUUAUCAAUUUCCUUAAAAUCAUGCAAAUCACUAACAUUGAUCUUAUGUAGUAACUGCUUGAACAUGCGUGGCUGCAGCAUUAUGGCAUUUCCCAUGCUGAAGGUCUUUUUCUCUUGCCCUGUUUCUCCCUUUCUUAAUUUAAACAUAUCCAAUGAAAACAAUGUAAAGCCAUGGUAUCAGAUUGAAUUUGACAGGUCAGAGUAUCAAACAAUGACUGUGAAGAGGCGUGCAGUCCAUCCAAUAUAUGAACAAGAAGCUGAAGGGUUAGACCAAUGCUGUAGUACACAAAAUCUUGCUGACAAUGAUGGACUGAAACUAGUGGACUUUUCAAAUUCUCUUAAUCAUCUACGUGGCUAUGGAACUAGCAGCUCUUUGGCUUAUGAAGAUAGAAGGGAACAAUUCAGAUGCUCUCAAAUCAAUAAUGAAGGAAAUCCGGUGAACAUUACCUUGUUGAUAAAGGUCUUAUUCAAAUCAUACUUAAAUUUCUUUUGCAUGAUCCUUGAAUUCAGCCUCUCUUCAUCUUUGUUCGAGUUUCUGAGUUGGUACUGUUGCCUUUCUCUUUUCAUAAUUUUUAUUACAUAUAUACUGUUGAGCAUCAAGAGAAAAGUGUUGAAGCCAGGCCAAGCAAAGUAUGACUACAGUCAAGUAAGCUGUUACAAAGUCAUUGCUGAAUCAGACAGAUACUUCUGGGCCUAAUUAGCUACUGUUGACUUAGUUAAAAGAGCAAGUUUUGGAGAUUAGAAAAACAUGUAUUAGGUAUGUGUCUUGUGCCAAUUGUAAAUGUGUAGCGGUAGCGAUUUCUCUUGAAUAUGUAGCAAUCGUAUACAUCUACGUUGAUUCCCAGAGAUCGUUCUUUGUUGAGAAAACUAAUACUAAGAGUCUCGUUCUACUCCUGA